AAGUAGAUGCAAAUUUAAUCGAUACAUUUUUUGGUUAAAAAAAAUUAUUUUAUUUUAUAUCCAACAAUCGCCACAUACACACACACACAUUCAGCAAACAGAGUCGAAUGGAUUUUAUGCUGUGUACAUAUUUGUUCAGAGUAAAUCCAUCAAUUUGAGAAAAAAAAGAGCUCAAACUCGUGAAUUUUAUAAUAUUUUACUUUCUUUGUUGUUGAAAUAGUUUAUGCCAUUGCGAAGAUGAUGAAAUUGAUUGUAUGAUGAUGAUGAUGAUGAUGAUAUGUUUAUGUUUGUAUAUACAUAUGGUUAGUGACAAUUAUUAUUUACAUGCCUAUAGGCCUUAUGUAUAUAUUGAGGAUUGCUUUUUUUUUGUCAAUCAGUCCACUGUGUUUCUUUCCAAUAUAGUCCACAUAUAUACAUGAUGAUGAUGAUGACAUGUGAUGAUGUUGAUAGAAUUGAGUGAAAUUAAAAAAAAAACAUUCUAUACAAACAAAUUUGAUGGAACUUUUGACUUUUAUCGAUAGCGAUCUACCAACUUUGAUCACUUUUUAUGUGUUGAGUAUAUUUAAAGAAAAAAAACUUCAUUUGUAGCCUAUUUUUAUUUUUAUUUUUUUUGGCUAUUUUCGAUUUGAUCAUCAUAAUGAUGAUGGUUACAUUUAAACGACAAGACGAUAAUAAUAGCAAUCAACAACAACAAUAUCAGCAGUCAAUGUCAGAAAAUUCCAUGCAAAUUUUAACGCCUGUUAUACAUCAUCAUCAACAACAACAACAACAACGACAAAAAUUGACAACUAAGACAUCAACGCCAAUUAGAUCUUCAGAAUCAACAAUCAUUGGUGUAUCAUCAGCGAUCAUACAUCAACCAUCAACCAUAUUACCACCAUCACCAUCAACUAUGUUUGAACAACGACGACGUAGUAGUUCAACUACAACCAACAGUGUACGUGAAGCUACAUUUCUAAAUGAUUUAAAAGUUCAAAACGUAAAAAUUCAAAUCGCAAAAGAGGAAAAUCCUAUUGAUCAACGUAUCAAUCUGAAUAGGAAUAUUUCCCGCGAUAAAAUCGAAGGUUUGAAUCUUCGAAUGGCCGACAUGUUUGGUGUUGGAUCAACAAAUCAAUUUUAUUGUUCACCAAGUGUACAAAACAGUUUUAUCGAGAUGAAAUCAUUGGCCACACCAAACAAUCAAAGCCAUCUGCAUUCAAACAACAUUGUGGAUAAUGAUCUUAUCGAUAGUGGCAGUAGUAAUAUUCUUAAAAAUAAUAUUGUUCACCAUAAUGAUAAUAAUCUAUUGAAUUCGAUUAAUAAUUCUGAUCCAAAUCUCGAUCCAAUCGAUGGGAUCGUAUCAUUAUUGAGCGCUAUCUAUUGUAAAAUUCUAGUUGUGAUUGGUUUAUGUUUUCCAAUCGCCGAAGUAAUAUCACAUCGAAUACCUAUAAGUUGGUAUGAAGGAUUUUAUCUAUAUCUUUAUAUGGGUUCCAUAUUAUUUCUCAUAUUUGUCUACAUAUUCUUGUUGAAUCGUAAACGUAAACCAUUUGCCAAAUUUCGUCGUUCCAUUUCGGCUAUUAUGGUACGUAAUACGAUUCGUGAAAAAAAUAACGAUGGUGGUACUGGCAUCGGUCACAAUAAUGAUACACACGAUGCAACAGAUAAUUCAAUAGAUGAAGAACAUUAUGAAUUUGAUCCACAACAACAAGCACAAUGUGGUUCAUUCUAUUUACGUGUAGGUGCCGUUGCAUUCGGUGUUGGAUCAAUGAUUUAUUCUGGUCUUGAAUUUGGGCAAUUUUUUGAAUUAGAAUCAAAAGAACAUUGUUAUUCAUUUAUAUAUGGAUUUACACCUAGUUCACAUAUGAUUUUCACAUUCAUACAGCUUUAUUUUAUAUUUAUGAAUUCUCGGGUGUUGAUUGCAAGACAUAAGCUCAUUGCUAGAUUUGGAUUGAUGCACAUGAUUGCUACAAACAUUUGCGUAUGGCUUCAUGUACUCAUUCAGGAAACUAAACAUCAAAUUAUGGUCAUGGUACAGGUGAACGGAACACAUGAAAUCAUCGGUUCUGAUCUAACAAACGCAUGGGACCAUGUUGAUGAUGUUGUUGAAGAAAUAUCAGAAGAUUAUCUUGAUUCAGUCGGCUCCUAUCCGGUAUUACAUCGGACCAAUAAUAAUAAUAAUCUACCAUCAAUGUUGCUCAGUGCUUCAAAAACAUUGACAACUACAUCAAUGCCAUUAACAUCGUCAACGACAACGAUGGCUACAUCCACUUUCGAAAUACAUCGGACUGUUCGAAGUUUGAAUGAUCAUUAUGUCAUCACCACUGGUCAUUGUCGACGAUCAAAUGUCAUUGGAGAAUUGGUGACUGACGCAUCACAAUUUCUAUUUCCUUGUACCAUCGAAUACAGUUUAAUUUGUGCUGCCAUUCUAUACAUCAUGUGGAAGAAUAUAAGUGAAAUAAGUGAAAAACAUAAGAAUAGUCCGAAAUAUUCGAAUUUCAACAAAACGACCACUUUCGUGCAUCAUCGUCAUCAUUAUCAGGUCGACUGUGCAAAAGCUCAUAAAGGUCUAUUCACCGGGAUUUUCUUAAUGGUUAUGUGUAUCAUAUCGUUGAUACUAUUUUUUGUUUUCAUCAAAAAACAUCAAUACAGAAAUUUGGCCGUUCUACAGGCACAUAUCGUCGAAUUGAUCAUUUAUUGUAUAACGGCCAUUGCAUCGUUGAUUGCAUUGUUUCAGGUUCGUGAAUUAAAUUAUAAUCGUAAUCGUGGAGUCGAAUUGGACAAUAUUUUGCUCAUCAUUGCACAAUCGGGCCUUUGUAUAUUCACAAUGUUUUCGAUAAUCGGUGCACAAUUUAUAAAUCAAUUACAAAAUACCCGAUUAGUAUUGAUAAAUGCAUUCGCUUGUCUUAUACAAGCAUUAUUGCAAUCAAUAUUUAUAUUGGAUGCAUCCAAAAGAAAAGCAUCGACAAUCGAUCAAGUACGACGAAAACCGGGACGUGAAAUGGUUACAUUUUUAUUGGUCUGUAAUUUUUCCAUGUGGGCCAUAAAUACAUUGGAAACAAGACGUGCCGAUUCAAAUCCGGUUCAAAUGUCAUUCUAUGGUUUCUGGGCCUGGACAAUAAUUACACACGUGACAACACCAUUAACUAUAUUUUAUCGUUUUCAUUCAACUGUAAGCCUAUGUGAGAUAUGGAAAAGUACCUAUAAAAUCAAAAGUGAAUAUCUUUGAAUCAUGAUUUUGUUACAGUGAAUAUGUUUUUUUUUUUUUUUUUUUUUGACUAUGUCAAAUUAUUUUGAUUUUCAUAUCUAUUUUUUGAUAAAUGUACAUAUAUUUUUUUUGAAAAAUUUCACCAAUUCAUUUUACAUUUACUAGAUAUAAUUGAUAAUAAAAAAAAACUUCAUAAAUUCUCAUAAA